CCUCCUGAACUAUUAUUUUUCGUGCUGAGUCUGAUUGUGAAGCAAAGUGGGUUAAUAUCUACCGUUCAUUGUCGCAUAUAAGUUACCCAACCCUCAGUUUACCGGACAAAUAUUUCAAGCACGUCGCCAUGGAUAGGGCAACCGUGUACGUGAAGCAGAGUAAAAUGUCCGAAAUGGGCGCCGAGCAGUUUAUCAAGCAGAUCCUGGAGACGGCCACCUGGAGGGAUAAUUGCAACGUUUUGGAUGUUGGAUGCGGUCCAGGAAACGUCACGCACGACUACAUCUUGCCAAUUCUACCGAUCCGUGCGAACUCAAUAGUCGCGAUCGACAAAAAGGCCAACCUGGUGGAUUACGCCAACGAGCAUUACGGCAAAAAAUCCAAGAUCCAGUUCAAAACCGUUGACAUAGUCAAAGACGUCCAAACGCUCGACGAGUACGUCAAUCACUUCGAUCACAUCUUCUCGUUCUACUGUCUUCAGUCCAUCCGGGAGCAGGAGACGGCUUUGAGGAACAUCUUCAAGAUCCUCAAACCGGGGGGAGACUUCUACUUCUCAUGCGACGCCCAAACCAAUCUCUACGAAGGUUGCGAGUACCUACUAGGGACGCCUGAGUGGGAGCCGGUCCUGCGCGACUACAAAGAGACCAUGUCCCCGUUCCACGAUUCGGAGUCACCAGCGCAGGACCUCGAAGAACUUCUGACCAAAAUCGGCUUCCAAAGUGUCUACGUAACAAUGGAGAGGCAAGAGUUUCUGAUACCAAUGGAGGACCUGCCAGAGUUUGUCGUUGUGCAGACCCCAUUCGACAUACCCCCAGAGUUCGAGGAGAAAUUUGGCCAGGCCUGCGUGGAUACAGCAAGAACGUUGAAGUUGAAUCGCUUUGUUGACGGUCAGGAGUGCUGCUACCUGCAGUUACAGUUGCUUUUUGGACACCAGCGCAAACCAAUCGCGUCGGCGCAGAAACCUGUAUUUUAAACAAUCCAUUUAAAUAUUAAAUAACGUUUAUUGGUA